UGUGUGUUCUACAAUUUAGUGAUGCGUGCAAUUAUAUUGCAUGACGCAACAGAAAAGUAAGGUCAGUUUUCAUUGGUUAGAAAUAACGAAAGUAGCUGAAGCGAUUGUUGUCGUGAAAACUUUGCAGGUGAGAAAAAACACAUCAGUUUGUUUAUUACAGCACUAAUUACGAGAUGAACGAGUGUUGACCCUGGUGACAUGAUGGAGAUAUAUCGGCCUGCUAGGGAAAAAACUCAGUAAACGUAGAUACAUUGACAAAAUUUGUAGACGAGCUGAUCGCCAACCAGGAGAUCAGAAUGAUCGCAUCUGCUCCUGCCACUUUAAGGAUGAUAAGAAGGAGGGGGACCUGCAUAUUUUGCAUGGAAUAAAAGAAAGGCCAUGGAUUUCUCUGAUCCUGAAUGUACAAAAAGGAGGAAAAAACUCGAAAGUGAGGAGUCCCUGUCAUCUUCACAGAUUGACCAGUUGCAGAUUCCACAAGCACUAAAAUGUCAAGAUCAAGAAAAAUUGAUAUCAGAGCACGACUACUCAGCAUCCUGCACAUUUAACUGUACUCAAGAAAUGCAGCUCCUCUCAACAGAAAUACAACAACAGGAAAAGGAAUUGCUUGCCCUAGAAAUAGAGUCUAGUAAAAGGAAGCCAAUGUCAAUUCACGAUAUUAAAUACAAUGAAGAGAAGAUGCUUUUGUAUACAUCCCUAAAGUAUGACAUAUUCGAAAUCUUAGUCAGAUUGUUACAACGAUUUGAUCUCGAUUAUUAAAAUGGCUGGACUCCUUCAAUGAAAACAGAGGACCAACUGCUCAUUGUACUAAUGAAGUUAAAACUCAAUCUACGGUACACUGACUUGGCUCAUAGAUUCU